AUGUACACGGAUCAGAAAGAGGAUGACGAUGAUAUGCACAUGCCGCAAUGGGACGACGAUGCGAAAUACCGUCCAUCGUGGAAGGAUCGGUUCGCGAAAAAGAACGUUGUCGACACGAUUGGCAUGCUCUUUAUGAUCAUCGGCUUGCUCUGCGUCUUUGUCGUCCUCCCCGUGGUAUCGUUCACGGGCACGAGCCUGAUCCCAUACACGUACGAGACUCCGCUCGAGCAGAUGCCCGGAUACCGAGCACCCAGUCCCGCGUGGGCUCGAGUCAACGACAAGGUAUAUCCGUUGUUGCGCAACAUCCGACGAGGUCUCAUCGACCCGGACACCCCUGCGAGCGCGAUGACGCGGAAGAGCACCGACGGCUCAGAUCUGGUCCUGGUGUACAGCGAUGAGUUCAACAAACCCAACAGGACUUUUUAUCCAGGAGACGAUCCGUUCUGGUUUGCGCCCGAUUUCUGGUACGGCGCCACACGUGAUUUGGAGUGGUAUGAUCCCGACGCCGCGACCACGGCUGGUGGGACACUCCGACUUCAACUGGACAAAUUCCCGAAUCACGGUCUGGACUAUCGAUCAGGGAUGUUGAACUCCUGGAAUCAAUUGUGCUUCAAGGGUGGUGCCUUCGAAGUAUCCGUAUCUCUACCAGGCCCCGCUGGGAAACACGCCUUGUGGCCUGGCAUGUGGAGCAUGGGGAAUCUCGGACGACCCGGCUAUCUCGCCACCACAGACGGUGUCUGGCCGUACACCUAUGAUUCAUGUGAUGCGGGCAUCACUCCGAAUCAGUCCAUGACGGACGGCACCAGUCGACUUCCCGGUCAGCGUCUGUCCUCCUGUACAUGUCCCGGGGAGGAUCAUCCUACUCCCGGUCGUGGCCGUGGCGCUCCAGAGAUCGACAUUGCCGAAGUCAGCGCCGAUUACGGCGGGAUGAAUGUCGCGGUCGCCACACAAUCGUACCAAGUGGCGCCUAUGGACAUUUGGUAUUACCCCAAUUACGAAUUCAUGCAAACCCCCAAUUACAGCACCAGUGUGGUCAACACCUGGGUCGGCGGGCCCUUCCAGCAAGCCGUCUCGACCACCUCGAUGUUGAACAACAAAUGGUUCGACGGCAAACAGUUCCAAAAGUACGCCUACGAGUACAAACCCGGCGACGAUGAAAACGCCUUCGUUGCAUGGUACGUCGGCGACCAGGAGACGAUGAAAUUCGACGCCCGCGCCAUCGGGCCCAACGGCAACAUCGGUCAGCGCGUCAUCGCCGAGGAGCCGCUCUCGCUCAUCCUCAAUCUCGGCUUCUCCCGCAACUGGGUCGACAUCGACUUCGCCUCGGUCUUCUUCCCCACCGUCAUGCAGAUCGACUACGUCCGCUGGUAUCAACCGAAGGAUGCCCGUAUGGUCACCUGCGAUCCCCCCGGCUAUGAGACGACGGAGUAUAUCAAAAACCACCCCGAGGCGUAUAACAACCCCAAUCUGACUCUCUGGGACGAGACGCCGUAUGCCUGGCCGAAGAACAAGUUGAUGCACGGUUGCAAAGCCUAA